CUCGUCGCUACUGAGCAAGGAGGAAGGGUGUUAGUGGAGAUCGCCGAUUUUCUACGCUAACCUUUACCUGGCAGCGUAUUUGUAAUCCGAAGCGCGCUCUUGAGGGUCAAUUGGACCGGCAGUUACCUCAACUAUACUCAUACCUAGAGCAUCGGGGAAAUGGCAACGGACGCGCCCCCUCGGAAAAUAAACAAAUACAGAAGUUCCAGCGGUUGUUGGACUUGUCGACUGCGGCGAAAGAAAUGCGACGAGCAGCAUCCUGUAUGCGACUGCUGCGAUGCACUCAACCUAACUUGCCACUAUGGCGAUGAGAAGCCGGACUGGAUGGACGGUGGCGCGAAACAAGAGGAGAUGGCCGAGUUCCUACGACGCAAGGUCAAGGAGAGGGGUCAUCGCCGCUUUGGAAAUCGUCACCACUCCGAAACUGCCGGAUCCAUCGGGUCCACGCCAGCCCCAAAUCAGACUGCGCCGCAAGCAUCAAAUGCUCGAGAUACUAAUACUUCUACCGAUGGACGACUGACGGAACCAUGUGCCCUUGCGCUCAGGGCUGUCAAGCCGCGGCGGGUGGACUGCAAGCCCGCGCCACGGGGUCAGAAUUCAACGUCCGGUCAGCCCGACGACUCUCUUCUUACCAUGUUCUACAUCGAUCAUGUGUUCCCCUUCUUGUUCCCGUUUUACCAGCCCUCGUUGCUACAAGGUGGUAGAGCCUGGCUCUUAGAGAUGAUGAUGAAAAGCCCGGUGGUUCGUCGGGCCGCACUCUGCCAGAGUUCCUACUUCUUCUCGCUAUCGCGGGGAGGGCCAAAUUGGGAGACGGUGCUCGCGCAAACGAAGGAGGCCUUUGAACUCCUGCAACAAGCACUGCAAGUCAUCAGCGGCUCGGAUAUCACCGAACAUCUACACGGUGCUGCGAGAGUCAUGGCAAGCAUUAUGCAGGUGCAACGAUUUGAGAUCGCUGUGUUGAGCUUCGACAACUGCCAAGCGCACCUGAGAGGCGCCCUAGCACUUUUUAGGCAGCUUCUCGAUAGCGCUAGAAGUAUCGAAUCGCUGGGAUUCAACUCGAGUUUUGAGGCAGCCAUGCAUAGUGUAGGGCCGCAAUCGUGGAGUGAGGCUCUAUACGGUCAUCUUCCAAGCGCGGAACAAGCUGCCUUCCACUUCUCAUCUACCUUGUUGAUAUUUGACGACAUAGUCGCCAGCACGGUACUCCAGGAACAGCCCCAACUCUACGAGUACCAUCACAGCCUGCUGGUGGAAAAUAUCCAAGGUACGGGUCCAGUCAUUGAUCUCGAGUCUGUUGUGGGCUGUCAGAAUUGGGUUUUGGUACAGAUAGGUGAGAUUGCCGUGCUUGAUGCAUGGAAGCAGCGCUGCAAGCGCGGCGGAACUCUGGAUGUGAUGGAAUCGGUUCGUCGUGCUACAUGUAUCAAGAGCUCUUUGGAAACUGGCCUCACCCGGCUCCAAACAAGCACGGUAGCCAACUCCGAGAACAGCAAUGCUAUAUUCGAUAUUUUUGCAGAAAAUAGUACUGCUUCCCAGAAGCCCCUAGUCACCCUCGCUUGGGCUUAUUCAGCACUCAUUUACUUAUCGGUCGUUGUAUCUGGCUGGCAGCCUGCUAGCGUCGAGAUACGUCAUCUGGUGAGACUCAUCGUGGAGGAAUCAGUGUGCCAGGUAUCGCCACCAGCGUUGUUGAGGACCAUGGUAUGGCCUAUUUGUGUAGCGGGUUGCCUAGCCGAACCGGAACUAGCGAUACAGCUGCGCGAGAUAAUAGAGUCUCUCCAGCCGCCAAGCGUUUUCGGUACCUUACGCAAAGCUCUCAAAGUGAUGGAGGCCGUAUGGCGCAAUGAUAAUGCCGAAAAUCUUGAUGGCCAUGAUCUCGCCACGUGCUUUCGAUAUCAAGGUGACCUCGUACUACUCGUGUGAGAGAGUAAAAUAUAAUCAAUGAUUACAUUGGUUUAUCAACUGCACACCGAUAUCUCGAUUACGGUCUAUCUGUCUAGAAUUGAACAUAGCCUUUUCCUUUGACAAAGGUGGCAUUCCAUGGUACCUUGCCUUCGUGCUUAACCAACUC